GCUUUCAGGAUUGCUAACACGGUGAGCGACUUCACGGCGACGUCUCCGUCGGCGAAGAUGAAGGGCUGGUUUAAUCGCGACGAGGACGGCAAAGUGAUCAUUGAUAGCAAUGGGUUUGUUACGAUCACUUGCGAAGAGGAGAAUGUAGUUUUCCAACUUCAUAUAUCAGAAAUUGAUGAAAAAGCUGAACAAAUGUGUUUCAAUGUUAAUGGCAAGGACAUAUUUAUCGACGUUGUUCCAUGGGAGAUGGCUGAGAAUGACUCUGAAAGUGAAAAAUUAGAGAAAAGUUCUAAGGAGGAAAAGGCUAGUCCACCGGCAACAAGCAAAAGUGGAAACGCGAUUUUUCCUUGGUGCGAUGCUUCAACGAAGAUUUUUCUAAAGGAAUACAAAGAGAAGAAGGAACUAGUGAAGAAUCGAAAGUUAAAAAAUAUGAAAAAGGCAUACCAGGAGAUAGCCAAAAAUCUAAUGGACAAUGGCUUCUGUGUAUCACCUUUGCAAGUAGAAAACAGAUACAAAACACUUAAACGUGCUUAUAAAAACAUGAUGAUACACAACCGAAGGAAUGGGAGAGGAAAAUACAUUUGUAGUUAUGAACAAGAUUUGGAUGAGAUUUUUUCAAAUGAUUUGUAUGAGACAGAUAUAAAUGGUGAUGAAGACAAAACGGGAUCUGAAAAGUCUACACAGAAAGGUAACAAUCUCGUUAGUAGUUCUGACAUACAUAAUGCCAAGACACUUCAACAUAACGCCAGAUUGGAAGCUCAGAAUGUAAAGAUAAUUGAAAAUCUGCAAAGCUGUCAGCGUUUAUUGAGAAAUUUAAUCGCUAGAAUGGAUAGUAAAAGUAAAAAUUCAAAUUACAUGCAAAAUGGAGUUUUGCAAGUAUGCAUGGAGAUGCGGGAUCUGCAGAAGCAGGCAUAUACACGUGCAGAGGAAGAGAGACAGAAAGCCAAGGAGCAGAGAGAUGCAAGGAAUAAUUUACUGCAAGAGAUUUUGACAGUUCUUAAAGCUAGGAAAGACACGUAAUAUAAUCCACAUCAAACGAGCGCAAAAUCUUGUUCGCAUCCUUAAUAGUUAAUAAUAUAACAGAAUUUAUUUAUUCUAUUAAAUACAAGAAACGAUAAAUUUCCUGUUGUGUAUUUUUAUAAUUUCAUUACACUACUAAUAUUCUUUAACACAUUGUCUGCCCAUUUAGAUUUGUUCUCUGUACAUAUGUAAUAUAAUUAUUACAAUUAUAGUAAAAAAUUUUCAUAAUGUGAUAAAAUAUGAUUCAUGUUAUAUUUAAUGUUAUUAUAUAAAGGUAUACGAUGGCUAAUGUAUUGAAUAUGAAUGUCUUAUUUUACACUUAUUAAACUUUUGUCAUUUAAAAUUUUAUCUUAAAUUGUAUACUUUACAAGAGUUUUAAAAAAUUUGUUACCAGUAAUUGUCAGAACACCACUGAACAAAAUUAUACAUUAAUCACAGAGAACAAAUUAUUAUUAAUAUUUUAUUAUCAUUGUGGCAGUUAAUGUGUUAAUGUGUUAAGGGAGAAAAUGAUAAAUAUGUACAUAUUGGUACGAAAAAUAAAUAUCAAGUAAGAUGUUCACUA